CUUCUUUUCCCUUUCAGUUUUUCUUUUCAUUCAACGAUGUAUACUUGUGGACAAGGAAAUGGUGUUGUAAGGGGUGCAACUGUGACAGUGCAACAAGUACGUCAAUUGUCCCGUAGAAAGUAUAAAUAUCCUCAAGCUUAUACACCAGUGCUUGACCCAAAGACACAUCCUAAAAAAGAUCAUAGAUCAUGGUUUAGAAGACAUAUGAUCGCAUGGCUUGGUCCUACCAACAUCAGGGGUGAAUACUACAAGAAUAAGUACUAUUACCCUCCACAAGACCACCAACCAAGGUAUAUUGUUCAAGACGGACAUACCGACGGUACAGUUCAACAACCUGAAGAGAAUGGAAAGUUCUUUUCAAGAAGAAAUACACGUAAUGUCUUUCAGCCAUUCCCGGAGAACCCUCACUGUAAGACUGCACUCAUGAUUUCAAAUGAAUUGAAAGAUCAAAUGCAUAAAGAGGUGACUGUUAAGGGACUUCAUUCCCAACAAGUUGCUCAUAAGUAUGGAAUUAAAAUUGCUAGAGUUGAAGCAAUUUCCAAGCUUGAACAAAUCAAGGCACAAUGGAAGGAACAGGGUAAGAUAACUCCAGAAUUAGAACGUUUUGGUAGUGUCAUGUACAAGAUGUUCCCAUUGUACGAACCACCAGUGAAUGCUGAGAAUUUGACUGAAAUUCCUACACCAUCCAAAACUCUCCACCAACGUUUCUUGACGAUUUCCGAAUCUGAACCAUUUGGUCCUGUUGAUGCUGCCAAGUUGUUCGAUUUAGAACCUGCUCAGCAAACUUUGGACAACUUGACUGAAAUCAAGGUUGAUGGUGAAGGUAGCAAGAAGGUUGUCAACAAGGUUUUGGUGGCCCCACAAAAUGACGGUGACAGACAUUUGUUUAAGUUCACCCAUUCUACUUCUGGGGAAGUUGGUAAUAGAUAUGGUGCCAGUAGAAGAGAUACCAAGAAGGAUAGAAGAAUUGGUUUCGAUGCUCUGGGUAAGAUGGUUUACAUGUAA